AUGGCCGCCAAUCCUUUUUCUGAUUCCGAUCAAAUAUUUUCGAAGUUACCAGAAGAAAUCAUCGAGAUAAUCCUGUCUUGUGUAACUCUGAAACAAAGACCAACUGUUUCUCUUGUUUCCAAAAAAUGGCGUCAAAUAAUAAAAUCAUUCAAAGACGAUCUCAAUUUAGUCCAAACAUAUUCUGCAAAGAUAGCCUGUGGAUACUGUGGCUCCUCUCAAUUGUACCGUCACGCGUCCUGUUUAUGCUCCGACACUAAUCGCUACCAUGUCGAUCCAUUUAUUAAACUUGCUUCAGACAACAUGAGUUUCAAAGAACUUUAUUUGUUCAUACCACCUAAUUUUAGGUAUUGUGCGUCUCCCGGAAUUAUAGAUUCCAAAUUUUUAACUGUUCUCCAUAUAAAAGGAAAUUGCAACAUGAAUAUUAUUCGAAAAUUUAAUGUAAUGCCUUCAUUGAAAGAGUUGUAUUUUCAUUCUGUUUGCAUUUUUUCUCACGCCUUCUCCAAUUUUAUACCCAAGUGUCCUCUCCUUGUUCUGUUAACUUUGAUAAAUUGUGACAACCUUAAUGAAUUCAUAGUCCCCCAUCUCAAUUAUCUCGAAAAGAUUCAUGUCAAUACACGCAAAAAAAUUACAAAAAUUGAAGUAAAAGCUCAAAAUCUCCUCGAGUUUCACUUGUGUUGUCCAGCCUUUACCAAACUUGAUCUGUCCGCUUCUACUAAAUUACAACUCCUUCAUAUAGAUUCUACAUACGUUCCUGACGCGUUUCCUCAUGACAUUUGCUCAACAUUCCCAUUUUUAAAAUCCUUAUGUCUUAUAUUAUGCAGAGGAUUGAAAAAAAUCAAAAUUGUGAGUCCUCAAUUGGAGAGUUUGACAUUGAAUAACAUCAUUGACUUGCGUGAAGCAUUCAUAGCUACUCCUAAUUUACAAUUGUUCAGCGUAAUAUAUAGCUUUAAAUUCCAAACCUCGCAUCCCAUAAUGGGAUCAAGGCAAAUGGAAGUUGAGAUGGGUGCUCGUGCAACCAAUAACUUGCUUGAGUUGAGAACUUUUGCUGAAAAUUUGGGUGAAAAUAUCACGUUGUCCUUGGAAACUGACACAACUGGAGCAAAGGGAGUAACAUUUCAUCCAGGAAACCUUGAACCACUUUGUAUCAAGCGCAUAAAUUUGGUAAUACAAUCUUCAUUUAAACCAAGAUAUGAAUCUUUUCUUGCUGAAUUUUUUGGUUACUUUCAUCCGCGGACCUUGGUGGUAACAGUAAAUUCAGAUGCCCGAAAACAUGCCUUUAUACAGGUCCUAAUGAAUGAGCUGGAAGGUCGGAACAGAGACGGUACCAAACGUUACAAACGUAGUGAGUACAUGUCUUGGUGCAGUGCAUUGAAACGCUUUACUGUCCUCGGACCAACUGCAUUUGCAAGAAAAGAAAGGGAAGCACGGAGUGAUAAGUCCACGCUAUGUGAAGUGUCAGGGGAAGGGUCGAACCAGAAGGGGCUAUUAGUAAACUUACCCGACAUUUUAAACUUACCCAACAUUUCUACAAUUACAAAACAAGAAAGGGAAGCUCGGAAAGGUAAGCGCCCGCUCUGUGCAGGAUGUGGAGAAGGACAGGAACAACCAUGCGUAUUGUUCGUAGCGUUACCCAACCUUUCUACAAUUACCAGAGAAGGCGCUCAUCGAAUUAACUUGGAGUUUGAGUGGUAA